AGGCACCUGCGCAAUCCGCGCAAUGGGCUCCGAGGUGGCGCAGGUGCUGGAGGCUGCGGACUUCGCGGCUCGCAAGCACCGAUGGCAGCGGCGGAAGGACCCCGAAGAGACGCCCUACAUCAACCACCCCAUCGGUGUGGCUCGGAUCCUGACCCGUGAGGCGGGAAUCACUGAUAUUGUGGUGUUACAGGCGGCCCUGCUCCAUGACACCGUGGAGGACACAAACACCACCCUGGAUGAGGUGGAGCUGCACUUUGGGGCACAGGUGCGGCACCUGGUGGAGGAGGUGACAGAUGACAAGACUCUGCCCAAAUUGGAGAGAAAGCGGCUGCAAGUGGAGCAGGCGCCCAACAGCAGCCUGGGGGCCAAACUGGUGAAGCUGGCAGACAAGCUGUACAAUCUGAGGGACCUGAAUCGGUCCACCCCAAAGGGAUGGUCAGAACAUCGUGUUCAAGAAUACUUCCAGUGGGCAGCUCAGGUGGUGAGGGGCCUUCAGGGAACAAACCAGCAGCUAGAAGAGGCUCUAAAAAAGCUGUUCGAGGACCGGGGGCUGACACUCUGAGCAGUGCUUGGAGCCAUCGGGUAGCACAGACUCCAUCCAGCUUUGCUCAGGCCAGAGAGGAUUCAUACCCCAGCCUUUCACUUCCUCCUGAGCACCUGAUUAGUUUAGUCCAGAUAUCAGAGAGACCAAAAACACUUGCCUUUCCUCACUCUGAAGGUAUCCCAUUGGAGCCAGGAUUAUGGGAAUUGGAUGCACACCAUCCAUUUCUCACUAUCCUUCACCAGGCCCUGCCUCUGUUUGCUAUUUUGCAUGGUGGGAUCUCUGGCCCCCUGGGGACUUGGGCUUAUAAGUCAUUAUAGAAAAUAAAGCAUGUUGGGUAAAGGUUUAAAUUGCUGCUGCACCUUCUCGGGCCUCCUGAGUGGCAGACCAGUAGGCAGAAUGCUGGCCAAGACUGUGGGCUUCAGCAGGACAGCGUUCCUAUUGUGUGCCCUCUGUACAGCUCCUUCAGGUUGAGGGCCUCAGCCCUUCCAAACCUGGCUUUCUUUUUAUUUUUUUUUCUUUUGCAAUUUAUUUAUUUUUUCUUUCAGACAAAAAUAUAUACUUUGGAGGAGUACAGUGUUUUAUGUGUUUGGGUUGAAAAGCAUGUGGGAAGACCAGCACA